GGCUGCUGGAUGGCUACGGGAGUGGAAAAGUGUUGUAUGUGUCUCAUCGAUGCUGCCUUCAGUCCAUCCUCUGGGCUGGCUCUGGGUAUGGACGCUGCACCUGCAGGGGCCGCUCGCUCUUGUCACUGGGAAGGAGGUCGACGUCGCCCACUAUAGAGAGAGAGUCAAGUCCAUGUUUUAUCAUGCUUAUGAUAACUACCUGGAAAAUGCCUUCCCAUAUGAUGAGCUGCGUCCUUUGACAUGUGAUGGGCAGGACACUUGGGGAAGUUUUUCUCUCACUCUGAUUGAUGCUCUAGAUACUUUAUUAAUUUUGGGGAACGUUUCAGAGUUCCAGCGAGUGGUCAGUGUACUGCAGGAGAGUGUGAACUUCGAUAUUGAUGUAAACGCUUCUGUCUUUGAAACUAACAUAAGGGUGGUUGGUGGCCUCCUGUCUGCUCACCUGCUGUCAAAGAAGGCAGGUGUUAAAGUGGAAGCAGGAUGGCCAUGCUCUGGGCCCCUCCUGAGGAUGGCAGAGGAUGCUGCUCGAAAACUUUUGCCAGCCUUUCAGACCCCAACUGGAAUGCCAUAUGGGACAGUAAAUUUGCUGCAUGGAGUAAAUCCUGGGGAAACGCCAGUCACCUGUACUGCUGGUGUUGGUACAUUUAUAGUGGAAUUUGCUACAUUAAGUUAUCUUACUGGUGAUGCAAUAUUUGAGGAGGUUGCCAGAAAAGCUCUUAAAACCCUCUGGAAAAAUCGGUCUGACAUCGGCUUGGUGGGUAACCAUAUCGAUGUAAUAACUGCCAAAUGGGUAGCCCAAGAUGCUGGCAUUGGAGCAGGAGUAGAUUCCUACUUUGAGUAUCUAGUUAAAGGAGCCAUAUUGUUGCAUGAUGAGGAGCUGAUGUCCAUGUUUUUAGACUAUAACAAAGCUAUAAAGAACUACACAAAAUUUGAUGAUUGGUACCUCUGGGUUCAAAUGUACAAAGGGACAGUCUCCAUGCCUGUUUUUCAGUCCCUGGAAGCCUACUGGCCUGGCUUACAGAGCCUUAUUGGACACAUAGAUAGUGCAAUGCGAACAUUUCUAAAUUAUUACACUGUUUGGAAACAGUUUGGUGGACUGCCUGAGUUCUACAAUAUUCCCCAGGGUUAUACGGUGGAAAAGCGUGAAGGAUACCCCCUCAGACCUGAACUGAUAGAGAGUGCAAUGUAUCUCUAUCGAGCAACACGAGAUCCCACCCUUCUGGAGCUUGGCAGAGAUGUUGUAGAGUCAAUAGAAAAAAUCAGCAAGGUUGAAUGUGGCUUUGCAACAAUCAAAGACCUGAGAGAUCACAGGCUAGAUAACCGGAUGGAAUCCUUCUUCCUGGCUGAAACAGUGAAAUACUUGUAUCUGCUGUUUGACCCUGACAACUUCAUUCAUAACAAUGGUUCAUCCUUUGACAUUGUGCUGACACCAUAUGGUGAAUGUAUUCUCGGUGCUGGUGGAUACAUCUUCAAUACAGAAGCUCAUCCUAUAGAUCCUGCUGCCCUGCACUGUUGCAGGAAACAAAAGGAAGAGCAGUGGGAGGUAGAAGAUUUAAUGAGGGAGUUCUAUUCUCUGAAAAGAAGCAAGAAGUUCACAUUCUCAAAAACUUCAGAUAAAACAGAAGCAGGGAGGCAAAAAGAUUCUGCAGAUGCUUCCUCUGAAGGCUGCAAGGGACACAUGGGGUCUAAACAGAAGGAAAAACGAAGAGUCCCGCUUCUGAGCUGCCCCAGUCAACCCUUUAAUUCAAAACUGGCUGUUUUGGGACAGGUCUUCUUUGACAAUGCAUGAUUCAUUUACUCUGAUUCAGGGAUACUGGAGCCAAUAAAUGGAUGCUUUAUUUUCA